CGAACAGAAACACUGAACAAAUCCCUGGCCAUGGCAAAAAAAGCUGCCGAUCAGGAUCGCACUUCCCUACAUCAAGGGAGACGCAAGCGCUCGAAAUUUUCGCCGACAAAUAUCACGCUUGUCGUUUGGUUAUGUUGUGGUCUCAACAUUGUGGUGACGCUCUUUCAGGGUUCCCUGCUGCAAAGCGUUGAUCGAUCCGAGCAUCCCGGUUUUAUGGAAACUCAUGGUCGCCGACGACCGAUACUUUCCGCUGACCGUCGUAUGGCGCAAUUAACUUGCGAUGCCUACGGUGGACCACUAGACAAAGAAGCCACCGAUGAAAUGGUAUACUGGCAGGAUAUCCCCGAAGACAGCAAAUUCAAAUCGCCCUUUCUUGAGUCAGGAACCCAGCGGUAUUUGACGUUUGAACCCGAUAUAGGAGGAUUCAACAAUGUUCGAAUGUCAAUGGAGACUGUCAUUGCUAUUGCGCACGCUACGGGACGAACUCUCGUACUGCCACCCGAGCAAAACAUAUAUUUGCUCAACAAGCAGAGUGGGACUCAUAAGAAAUCGUUCAGUUUUGCCGACUUUUUCCCAUUAGAUACGUUGUCCUCGGAACAGGACGGAUUGGAUAUUAUUUCGACGAACGAAUUCUUGAGGCGUGAAGGUAUUGCUGGAAAUCUAAAGGAUGGCUCGGGACAAACAUCUUACCCGCCCAAUAAUCGUACGGAUUGGAACGGCAUGCAACGUGAUGUUACUUCGGUUUUGGAGCCUUGGCUACAAAACAUUUCGGUGAUACCAUCAUGGAAUCCAGAAGACUGUAUGGUGGCGUUUCCGACGUCUCGAAAAGCGCAAAACAGCAACAGCUUGCAGCUAGUCUGGGACGACGUUAUGAAAAGCGGGGGAUUUCCUGCUCCCGACAAGUUUAUUGGCACGCCCUCUUCGGUGCGAUCUUCGUCGAUUAAGCGCUUAUACGAAAACAAUAAGGAGCGUGCAUCUUUGUGCAUUUACAACGAGACAUUGCAGCAAGCACCAUUGCUUCACCUUCCUGGCAAAAAUGACAUCGGUGGGCGCCUUUUGGUACACUUUUACGCCUUUCUUUUCUUUGAAGACUGGAAACAAGAUUUGUGGACGAAACGAUUUGUUCGAGACCACCUCAGGUAUGUGGAUGAAAUCCAGUGUGCUGCCGCUCGCAUUGUGCAUGCCAUCCGGAAACGUGCAAUGAAACGCAGUUCUCAAAAUAAGUACGGGAUCUUUGACGCCUUUCACGUUCGUCGGGGUGACUUUCAAUAUAAAAAGACUCGCGUUUCAGCUCAAGACAUGUACGAUAUUUCCAAGGAUGAGAUACCUGACGGCAUGACCGUUUACAUUGCGACUGAUGAGAAGGAUAAAGAUUUCUUCAACAACAUGGCGACACAUUUCGACUUAGUGUUUUUAGACGAUUUCAAGGAUCUUCUGGAAAAUGUAAAUCCCAACCUUUUCGGAAUGAUUGAUCAGCUUGUUGCCAGUCGUUCUCGAGUCUUUUUUGGUUGUUGGUUUUCUACAUUUACUGGGUACAUCAACAGGAUACGAGGAUACCACGCAGAUCGACACAAACUUCCGGGAUUCGAAAAUGGUAUUAUUGAGAGCUACUACUAUGCUCCAAGUCUCUUCAAGAACCGAAUGAAAGAGUUUUGGCCCGUGUCUGGAGCUACGUAUGCUCGUGAGAGGGACGACGGUGUACAUUCGCGCAAACUCAAGUUGAAUGCAUCUCCAAUUCGAGCCGCCCUUUUCGCGUGGUCUAGCUAG